AAAUAGAAAGUGCCUUAUUUGAUUUAUACCGCUACAUAUCGAGUUCUGUUUUGAUUGUGACUUGUUAUGGUGUACGAUUCAACUACAACUAUUCAUUAUGGGAUCAAAAGAACACGAUUCCUUACUAUGCAAUAAUAAAACCUCAGAGAAAAAUAACUACGAGGGAAAAUUUAACACCUUGCGGAUUAUAUCAUUGAAAGGUAAUAUAUCAUCGAAUGAAAUCGAUUUUUCUGGGCAAUAUGUACAUAUAUCACAUAGUUUGUCAAGUUUACAAGGCGGAAGUCGAAACUGUAUAACAUCAAUAACAAAUGCUUAUCUUUUUUCUUUUAAACAGCUAUCAACGAAUUUGAGGACCUUCAAAAGAAAUGCGAGGACAAUUAUGCCAAGGUUAGAUAUUCUAAUUUAAGAAUUCGAAUUUUAAGCUGUUACUUUAUUUAAAGAACGCCUCAGUGAUUACUGCAUGCUGAUAAAUGAAAGUGUGUUUUUGCGUCGUUCUAGCUUUAAUUCCUGGUAGUAAAUUUACACGUAUUUUUAUUGCAGUAUUUAGAGGAACGAGAAAAUUAUCUGCGUACAAAAAAAGAAUUGGAAAUCCUUAAGGAAGGUCAGAAUUAUUGAAAUUUUAUAUACUGUUGCUAUAUUAUCAUAUUGAUUGCUAUUAGGUCUAUAAAAAAUGAAUAUAAUAUACACGGAAACAUUUCGUUACAUAAUUGAGCUAUGAAAUGAAUUUUAGCCUGUAUUUAAGCCAAGAAGGGGGGUAUUUAUAUCAUAGAGUUUUGUAAUGAGUAUAUUUUUCGAAAAUCAUCUGGUCUUGCAGUAAAUUAUUAACAGAUUUAUGCAUUAAUUAUUAACGAAAUAUGAAAGUCGGUCGGUUAAUUGGACACAUGCAUGGAAGGUGGUCAUCCAAAGAGAAUUUUGUUUUUGAUUUAAUUUUCUCAAAUUAAGUACUCAGUUUUGUCUACCAAUAUGGUUGAAUUAUUUAGUUAGCUUAAUCUUAGCUGAGACUAGUAGAUUAAUAUUAGACACUAGACAAAAUAUGUAUAGGUUUGAUAUAGCCUUGCUAGAAUGAAUUGAUCAGCUUAUAAUUAUUCACAUAUAUUUGGUUUGUUUAUUUAGAUGCAAUAUUUCUAAAAAAGUACUUGUAAUAUCAAAUAUGCACAGUAAUUGUUUAUGUAAAUUUCUCAAUAUUUAAACACUGCUGCAUGGUUCAACUUCCAAUGCUCUUACCAGAAAAACUCCUGCUAAGGUCACAGAAAGACAUGUUUUCACAAAACUAUUGCUCCAACAUUAGCAGUUUUAUGUUGUAUAUGAUCACCUCGCACAAAAAAGGUUGAUAGCAAUAAUUGUUUUUAAAAAACUCGUUAAUAAUUCAUGAAGAAAACACAAAGAAAAAUCAUAAGCGUGUCGUAUCUGUAUAUGUGAUACAGAUUCAUGUUGAUUUACAUAAACUUUAACUUUGCAUGAUUUUCUCGGCUUAGACAACAUUUAUUUUUAAAAUUACUUCGCCAAUGAACUCAUAAGAUGAGUCGUUUUUAAAGUUGUUUGUAUAUCUGAUACAACACGGCUGCUCAUGUUGUAAACAUUACAUAUUAUGACAUUUAGGGAAGUUACAAAUUCAAUAUCAGAAACAUCAAAAACUGAACAAAGUAUAAUCAUAAAAUUCACAGUAAAAAACUUACAAUUAGUCAUUUGAAUUUGCAAGCUAGGCUUUGUUCAGUGUUUGAUGUUUCGGUUAUCAGUGACUGUGCCUAAAUGUCAAAAAACAACUAUUGCUAUCAACCUUUUUGUGUGAGGUGGUCACAUAUCACAUAAAUCAGCUAAUUCUUACAUGAAAUUCGUUUGGGGUUGGCAAUAUGUUGCAUUUCAAUUGCUGUUGAAAAUGGUCCGUGUCAGGGCUGGGUGGUAGUGCACUCAUCAAGGUUUUUGUCAUGGCGCAGGGUGUGACUAUUGACAAAGUGAGUAAGCACCGGAAGCAGCAAGGCAUCAAAUUCUGUAGUCUUGCCUUUCACAAUCAUGUUACCAUCUCAUUUUGUCUCUAUAUUUUGAAAUUGCCAUUCCAAAUUAACAUAAAAAUACUUGAAGAGGAAAUUGGGACACGCCCAUUUGCCAAGGCUAGGAGGGGUGUACACACCCUUUAAUUAAUUAACCCACCCAGUAAAUCCAUCCCUGUCCUGUGUAGCAUCACCUUUAAAUUAACCUAGUAUUCAUUGGAUACUAAAAAAUGUUUUGGCUAGAAUGAAGGAAACACCAUUUUAGGUUUUUUUCUAAACCUCCCAUUCUUGGUAAGCGGUGUAGCUGUAAAAGUUCAAAAAGGAAACUAUUAAUCCAUAAAGGAAAUGCAGCGAUUGCUCAAAGUAAGAUAGGAUGGGAAGGCAUUCCUAAUGUUGCCAAAUUUCCAAGCUAAGUAGACUAGAACUGAACAAUGAACUAUCUUGCAGUAUCGGGAGAAGCACUCGGUGAAUAUGAAAACCUUCAUAGAAAGUUCGCAAUUGAACAGGAAUGUCGGGACAAGGCUGAAGAAUAUGCCAAGCAGGUACGACUACUUGUUUGGACCUUUGACAAAAAUUAUGCAAUGUGAUAACAGAUAUUGAUCCAGCCCACAUGGAAUCAUCUCUUUUGUUUCCUUGAAAUAAUGCCAAAUCAUUACACUUGCCAAGGCACCAAUUUAGUUUUGAAAACUCAUAGAAACCUUUAUGGAGGAGCUCUACAAACAUGAAGUAUGAUUAAUUAAAGCUAAGGCACUUGGAAGCUGCAAAAUACCAUUGUAUUAAAUGUUAUACUAUUAUUUAAAAUAUGUACAGUAUUGGAAUAUAUUAUUAAAUUGUUGUUAAAUUUUGUGUAGCAAGUCAAAGCGAAUAAACAACUCAAAAGACAAAGUGCCAUACUGUUGAAUACUUUGGUUGCUAAAGCAGUUGAUUUUGAUUUGGUUUGUAUACCUUUUGGUUUGAUUAAUAGAGUCAUUACCAGUUUUACCAUAGUUUGCAACUGAAUAUUUGUCUUGCAAUUAGUUACAGAGAAAACAGCCUUUUGUAACAAUCAUGGCCUUAAGAGCUUAAUUACAUGUUUUGUAUAAUGCACCCAAACGUUCCCUACGUGAUUAUUUUACCCUGUCUAAUGUCAGAUGAUUAUACUUAAUUAAUGUGUUAAAAUGUUUAGGAAGAGCUAGCAAGUCAGACAGAUAGUGACAGUUCUUCCUCAACAGAAGAUCAUGGCAUUUGUGACAAACAGAUUGAAGGUAAUUUUUAAAGAGAAGAUGGUAAAAUUGUAAAAGUAAAAAGUUAAAAAAACCCCUGAAACUCUGAAUAAAAAAUGAACAAAUGGCUGAAUGAAUGAAUAAAGUAAUAAAUUAAUACAAUCUAAACUAUAACUUUUUACUUUGUAAAGGUUUAAAACAACAAGUUGAAUCACUUCAAAUUAAAACAGAUGACUUAACCCAAAAAUUACAUCUCACAGAAGAAAAGGUUUGCUUUAAUCUUUGGCUUUGUUAAACAAUCUAAACCUUCGCACUAACAAUUGCUGAUUUGGAAUUUCCUAUAGUUUAAUCAUGAAAUACAAGAACACAUGACAACUAAGGAGGCAUUAGAAAAUAACAAAGUGAAUUUCAAACAGUUAAAUCGAGGUAAUGGUCCUAGGACUUUGGCAAUCUUCAGCAUUUGUUAGCACAUUGUGUACAAUCAUUAGUUUUACAUGUAGCAUUACAUAUGUUGUGGUAAAAUAGUAUUGAAUACAGGGUUAUAAUCCUAUAUUUACCUCGUCUAGUUUCAUUACUUGCACUGGAUGAUUAUUCAAAUCUACAACAGAAAUACGAGACGGAAAUUCAAUGUCGAGCUCAAGCAGAAAAACUUGCUGCGGAGGUAUAUAUACUACACAGAUGUCACAUAUACUAUAUGCCGUUUGAAAAGC